CUCGCAAAUCAGAAUCUCCAUUCAUACCAAGUUUGCACAGUAACCGCUCUAAGAAAGAUUUUCAAGGCUUUCAAAGCUUGAAGCAUCGGUUUGUUUGCUCGGAAGCAGAAGUUGAAGAGUAGAAGAAAAAAUGGCGGAGGAUCCAGAGAAGAGAUUUCACUCGAUCAUGGACAAGCUGUUUAACGCACCUAAAUCGGUCUCCAGUCCCUCGAGUUCAUCUGGAGUAGAGUCAUCGAGAGGCAAAAAGAGACACAAUCCAGAGUCUGCAUUGGCGUUAGUUGAACCAAAAACAAGAGGGGAUUUGGUUGGUGGUUCAUCCCAGCGUAUGUUAGCUCCAGCUGAAGCUCCAUUAUGUAGGCCUUGGGAUAGAGGAGAUCUCAUGAGGAGAGUGGCUACGUUUAAGUCCAUGACAUGGUUUGCUAAACCUAAGGCGGUGAGUGCUGUCAAUUGUGCAAGGAGGGGAUGGGUUAACAUAGACAUGGAUAUUAUAGGAUGUGAAGCGUGUGGAGCUCGUCUACUUUUCUCCACUCCAUCAUCAUGGACGCAGCAGCAAGUUGAGAAGGCAGCCUUGGUAUUUAGCUUAAAGCUGGAUAAUGGACACAAACUACUCUGUCCUUGGAUUGAUAAUGCCUGUGACGAAAGAUUGGCAGAGUUUCCUCCCACUCCGCCUCCUGUUUUAGUUGAUAAAUUCAAAGAACGUUCUUCUGCUCUCUUGCAACUUUUAGCCCUUCCAGUGAUUUCAUUUUCUGCCAUGGAAUACAUGAGAAGCACACAGCUGGAAGACUUUCUUAGACAGUCACCAAUAUUGCAUUAUGGCAGUGGAACUAUCAACAUAUCCCAAGUAGAAUCCUUUGAGAAUGAGUGUGACGGUGAUUCUGCUAACUUGUAUUAUCAGGCACACAAGCUUAUAAGUUUAUGUGGCUGGGAACCCCGAUCACUGCCUUAUGUUGUUGACUGCAAGGACAGACCAAAGCAGCUUACUGAGGAUGCUGAUAUUUUGAAUUCAUCCCGUAUAGUUACUAAUGGACACAAUACAAGCAUCAGUUUUUAUUCUGCGGCUACCAAUGAAAAUGUGGAGGCAACAGAAGAUAUCAAUGGUUUUAGUGGGCUACAGGCUGAUCCACAGUCUAUUGUGUUAGAUUGCAAGCUUUGUGGAGCUAGUGUGGGAUUAUGGGCAUUUUCUACAGUUCCUCAGCCAAUAGAGUUGUUUAGAUUUGUUGGAUGCACUGAAGUUAAUAGUAAAAAGAAUUGUGGACAAGAUUCAGGCAAUGAAAAUCAAGUAGAUGAUAGGGGAGCCAUUGUCAAUUCUGCCUUUAAUGGCACAUUAUUUUUCGUAGACAGACCUUCGACUUUAAAUUUAACGAUUGCUGGGGGUCCACCGCCAACAAAGCAGAACUUUAAAGCAACAAUUUCUUUGCCUGUUAUUGGUCGGAAUUUAAGGUCCAGGUUUUCUAAUGACUCUGGUUUUAGAGAUCGUAUGUUUUGUGGGCAAGAACCUCAACCUGGAUCUGGAAAUAAGGAUCUAUUGGGUGAAGAAGUUUCUGACCCAGAAGCUGUGGGAAUGUCAAAGAGCAAAAUAUCUGAUCAGGGACAAUGUAGUUAUGCAAGCGGUGAUCAAUGCUCCUCUUGUUUGAAUCUUGAAAGUGGCGAAAAAGGUUCUCUCAGAAAGGAGUUGGACACUGAUGUGCCGUUGGAAGGAACAGGUAUUGGUGGCGAAGGAAAUUGUUUCAAAACUGGUGGGCAUGAUUCUAAUAUGGAAUGCCCAAUGGAGAGCAAACAAGAGAUAACACAAAGUUUUGAUCAAAGUGAUAGGUUGCUUGAAAAUGCACAAAAUGCCGUGUCCCUUGAUUCGCCAUCAGGAACUAGUUCCCAAGCUAGAAUAUCUCCUGUUUCAGAUCCAGGUGCUAAUGUCACCAUUGGAAAUGGGGAUAAUGGAAAUGAUUCAUUAGCUUUGGUUACCUUAGAAAGUUUUGAUGAUCAACAGGAUCUGGUCAUGGAUAUUUUAUGUGGCAAAGAUAUUGCUUCUGAGAUAGACCCAAGAAAAUGUGAAACUCAUUCUAACAUCCAAAACAUGUUAAGCAACCAGACAAAAGGCCAAGAAGGCAAAACAGAUGGAAUGCAGAAUCUGGUGAAUAGUGAACCUGUGGCCUCUAGUACAGGAAAAGAGAGAAAGAAAAUAUCAGACAAGGGAAUGGAGUUUGAUCCAAUCAGACAGCACAGACACUUUUGCCCCUGGAUUGUAUCAACAAGUAGUGGAGCAGCUGGUUGGCAACAAACACUAUCUGCUUUACUUCGACAAAAAGAGUAUUCUAGUCCUGCAAAAUCUCCUCCAUCCACCUCCAUCAUCAAGGUGGAUGAUCCGAUCACUUCAGUAAGAAAGCUCUUUAUGUCUCCAUCCGCCAAAAGGAUGAAACCCUCCAGCGGGUCUAGUUGAAGCGUGCAGCUGAUUAAUUUUGCAGGUGUCAAUAUGCACCCAGUUAACAUGUAUUUUAUGAUACUGCUCCCCUUUGUAUAUUAUAGAUGCAAUGAUGUAUUCAAAGACAAUGCAAGCAACGGUGGUUGUUGUAUCAUUUAGCAAUUUCACGGCCCUAGUGCUCUACAGAUUAUGAUAAGAACUAUUGCUUCUGAGACAGCUUGCAUUUUUUGAAAACUAUUGAGAUUUUGGCAGGAAUAGCAAUAGGAAUUUAUUUUGUCUGUUGAAAUUGUACUCUUUCCAUUAUGAAAAAAAAAAAGAAAAAAAAAUCAAGAAAGAGUUUCAUCAA